CAAAAUAACCUUCAAUUUGUCAUUUAAAGGUCAGGACGGGCCGAUAAUUUUCAGUUGAUUUUUUCAUACAAUUCUCCUAUCUGCGAACCGACUUGUCUCAUCAGCAAUUCUACAAAAAACAAUUUUACGAUCAGUUAAAAUGGCACUCAACAAAUUGAGCAUCGAAAAUGUCGAUUUGGCAGGAAAACGUGUACUGAUGCGUGUCGAUUUCAAUGUUCCCAUUAAAGAUGGCAAAAUUACCAGCAAUCAACGUAUUGUAGCGGCACUGGACAGUGUAAAGUAUGCCCUUGACAAGGGCGCGAAAUCAGUCGUAUUGUGUUCGCAUUUGGGUCGUCCGGAUGGAAACAAAAAUCCAAAGUACACAUUGGCCCCAGUAGCUGCAGAAUUGAAGACUCUGUUGAACAAGGACGUUCUGUUCAUGAACGAUUGCGUUGGUGCCGAAGUGGAAGCUGCAUGUAAAGAUCCAGCAGCUGGAUCCGUUAUUCUAUUGGAAAAUCUACGAUUUUAUGUAGAAGAAGAGGGUAAAGGAGUGGAUGCCAAUGGUGGUAAAGUCAAAGCCGAUGCAGCCAAAGUGAAAGCUUUCCGAGAGAGUCUACAAAAGCUUGGCGAUGUUUACAUCAACGAUGCAUUUGGCACUGCACAUCGUGCUCACAGUUCAAUGAUGGGUGAAGGCUAUGCUCAACGUGCAGCUGGUCUCUUGAUGAACAAAGAAUUGAAAUAUUUCUCGCAAGCGCUGGAUAACCCACCGAAACCGUUUUUGGCCAUUUUGGGCGGAGCUAAGGUCGCCGACAAAAUUCAGCUGAUCGAGAAUUUGCUGGACAAAGUCAACGAAAUGAUUAUCGGUGGUGGAAUGGCAUUCACUUUCCUGAAAGUAUUGAAUGGUAUGGAAAUCGGUGGAUCGCUGUUUGACGAGGAUGGCGCCAAGAUUGUUCAGAAUUUGGUCGAUAAGGCUAAGAAGAACAACGUUCAAUUACAUUUACCCGUUGACUUUACCACUGGGGACAAAUUUGCCGAGAAUGCAACCGUUGGUAACGCGACAGUGCAAGAAGGCAUACCAGCUGGUUGGAUGGGUCUUGACAUUGGUCCAAAAUCACGAGAACUUUUCGCUGCUCCAGUGUUGCGCGCUAAAUUAAUCGUCUGGAAUGGUCCACCCGGCGUCUUCGAAUUUCCAAAUUUCGCCAACGGUACGAAAGGUCUCAUGGACAAUGUUGUAGCCGCCACGAAGAGCGGAUGUGUCACGAUCAUCGGUGGCGGUGAUACUGCUUCGUGCUGUGCAAAGUGGAACACCGAAGCGUUAGUUUCGCACGUUUCGACUGGUGGUGGAGCCUCGUUGGAAUUGUUGGAGGGAAAAACAUUGCCCGGAGUUGCUGCUCUCAGCGAUAAGUAAACGAUUUAGUUAUAGGUCUGGAAGUUAAAACACGUUACGAUAAAAGUGUAUGAAUUGGAUUGGCUGUUAGACAUUUCGUGGAAAUUAUAAAUUUUAAGAAAU